AUGUCUGAACUACCUGUGAGAAAAUGGUACCACUGGUACUCACCAACCGACACGCCCGAGGAAAAGAAGCUUAUCUUGAAGCUUGAUCUUCUACUUGUCCCUUAUGCAUUUGUUCUUUACUGGGUCAAAUAUGUCGACCAAACCAACAUCAAUAAUGCCUACGUCUCAGGAAUGGCACAAGACCUUGGUUUUCACGGCAACGAAUUAGUCCAGUUCCAGACGAUCUUCGUCGUUGGAAACGUCGUCGGUCUUUUACCCUUCAUCUAUCUCUUCCCUCGAUGGGGCAUCUUUACCCUCCUUCAGUACCGCGCCACGAGCUAUGCAGAGAUAAUGGCCUAUCGCUUCUUGGUCUCCAUCUUUGAAGCAUCAUACUUCCCUGGCGUCCAUUUCGUGCUCGGCAGCUGGUACAGAUCAGAUGAGAUUGGCAGAAGAGGCGGGUUGUUUUACAUCGGCCUUACUCUUGGGACUAUGACCGCUGGUCUUCUCCAAGGUGCUGCGACGCAGUACCUCGACGGGCAUAAUGGCCUUGCAGGCUGGAGAUGGAACUUCAUCAUCAACGCAAUCAUCACAUUGCCUCUAGCUUUUGUGGGUUACUUCCUCUGGCCCGGAACACCUGGUAAGCCGAAUCGCUUGGUCAUGAAGAAGUCUGAGAUCGCCCUCGCAAAAGAACGUCUCGAACGCAAUGGGUCAAAUGUCAGAAGUACACCUUUUUCAUGGACCUUACUCCACCGCAUCUUCACGAGUUGGCAGUUCUACAUCCUCGUGUUCUGGGAUAUUUUAUUCUUCAACACUAGCGCCAACACAGCUGCGUUCCUCCUCUGGAUCAAGAGCUUAGAUCGCUACAACACUACCAAAGUAAACCAACUAGGAUCAAUCAGUCCUGCUCUGGGAAUCUUCUUCGUUCUCUUCAUCAACUUCAGCGCCGACUUAUGGAUCGGAAGACCUGCUGCUAUCACACUUGCAUCGGUGAUCAACUUCACUGGCCUUGUCAUCCUAGCAAUAUGGAACGUCCCCGAGGCAGCAAAGUGGUAUGCUUACAGCGUCGGCUACUCCGCCGUCGCAGUGUCAUCUGUCCUUUAUGGCUGGGCGAAUACCAUUCUUCGACAUAACAACGAGGAGCGAGCUUUGACGCUUAUUCUGAUGACGGCUAUCGCGACUUCGACUCAAGCUUGGAUACCACUUCUUGUGUACCCUACUGUCGAAGCACCUCGUUUCCCAAAGGGUUAUGUGUACUCAGCGGUCAUGGUUGUUCUUCUCGUGGCGAUGACUCAGGUCAUUCGUAUUGUUUAUGGUAGUCAUGGGGAAAAGGUACGCGCCCGACGGGGUAGUCUGAGUGAAACAAGCGAGGAGGGUGAUAUUCAAGCACCUCAUGGACUUAGCAUUGGCAAGGAUGCUGGGAAGCAUAUUCAACCCUCCACGGUGGCAGUGUAG